AAGUUUUGUUGAAUAAGAGUUAGCUCAUUCACAAGUUAAUUGUAUUGUUUGUAUGAUCUUUAUUAAUACUAAUAUUGGUGCAAAAUUGUUCAAUGGCUCUGGAUAAGAAAACCAAAGUCCAAUUGAAGAAAAGCUUAACUUCAAAAGCUAUUAGCUCUAAUAAGAAUAAAAACAUACCUGGGCUGACAAAAGAUCUCCUUUUUAAUGGAAACACAGAAACUUCAGACACAAAUGGUCAUACUGUUGAAGAAGGCAAAACUCUGCUGCUGUCAGCAAGUUCUGAAUGUGAUAAUUUAAGUUCUCUUUCUGAUAAUCAUUUGUGUGUAGCAUGCAGUACACAGCAGUCUUCCUUAUUAUUAGCCCAGCAUCAGUGUAAAACACUGGGCUCCUUGCGACCACGACUUUCACACAAUGGCACAAAUGGUCAUCUCUCCUGUGAGAAAAUGACUAACCAUCAUAAGGUUGAAGCUGAUGAUAUCAAGGAGCAUCCACCAAGUGAUAACAAUUAUAAUAAGGCUACUAAAAUUAGAAAAGGGCCACAAAAAGAUGGUACAGGGCUUUAUAAAAUAGGGAAGAAUUUGUUGUCAAGAAAUGUUGCAUUGCCAUCUUGGCUUACAGAACCAGAGUUUAUGGUGCAUCCCAAACCAAAGGCCAAUAAGGAAUUAGUUCACAGCCAUGCAGAUUCCUUGUUUAGUACCAGCAGUGGAUUCACUAAUUAUUAUGGUGUCCUCAAUCUUUGUCUCAUACUACUGGUUUUGGGUAAUGCUAGACUUUUUCUGGAAAACAUCAUCAAAUAUGGCAUUCUCAUCAAUUUAUCAUUUACAGACUGGUUUUUAAGUGAACCUUACAAUUGGCCUAAUUUGGCCUUGACUUUAUCUAUCACCAUAUUCCCUGCAAUAGCCCUGUACACAGAAAAACUUCUCUCACUUGGAAAGAUCAGCAACAGAACUGGGACAAUCAUCUAUGUGAUAAACCUUUCUGUUCUCCUACUGUUUCCUGCUGCUAUUAUUUACUACCUACAUCCAGUCAUUGCUUUCUCCAUCUUCACAUUGGGUAAUGUGACCAUCUGUUUCCUCAAGCUUAUCUCAUAUGGCCAUGUCAACUUCUGGUGCAGGGAAUAUCUCAAUGUCAAUAAAUUCAAGAGGAGAUCAUCCUCAGGGAAUUUGGAUGUCUCUCAGAAGUCUAACAACACAGCAACUGAAGUUACACAGUCAUACCCCGGAAAUCUCAAUGUUAAAGAUUUGGCUUAUUUUAUGUUUGCUCCAACUUUGUGUUAUGAGCUGAAUUUUCCAAGAUCUGCCCGCAUUAGGAAGCGAUUCCUAGCCAAGCGCAUUAUUGAAAUGGUAUUUCUGUGUUGGCUGAUGGUUGCUCUUAUGCAGCAGUGGAUUGUCCCUGCUGUGAACAAUGCUAGACAACCUUUAGCUGAGAUGGAAGCUUUCAAAAUGCUGGAGCGCCUGUUAAAACUAUCAAUACCAAACCAUUUGAUCUGGCUAGUAUUUUUCUACUGGUUCUUUCACUCCACUUUAAAUGUUGUAGCUGAACUGUUAAGGUUUGGAGACAGAGUUUUCUACAAGGACUGGUGGAAUGCUGAAACUGUGUCUGAGUUCUGGCAGCACUGGAACAUCCCUGUUCACAGAUUUGCUACUAGACAUGUGUACAAGCCCUUGCUGAGCACUGGAUGUUCUAGGUUUACUGCCUCAUGCUUUGUUUUUUUACUGUCAGCUUUUUUUCAUGAGUAUCUAAUCAGUGUACCCCUUAGGAUGUUUAAAACCUGGGCUUUCAUGGGAAUGUUGAUGCAGGUUCCUACAGCAUACUUGACAUCUAAGUUUGUGCGAGGCAAGUGGGGCAACAUCACCAUGUGGUUGUCUCUCAUCCUUGGCCAGCCAGUGGCCAUUUUGGCCUACUUUCAUGACUACUAUAUUGUCCACUCCCUUCCUCUGCUCAACAACAGCACAGCAACACCAGGUCUGUAAUUGGAUGACAGUGCAGCAGUAUAAAACUUUUGUGAUGAAUGCCUAGAGACCAAAUAUUUAAAGUGGUGCAUGGAUAUUUAGGGGUCACCAUAAAUGACAUCACACAAUCCAGCUAAUAUUUUUAUUCUAAAUCUUCUUCACUCCAAUGGUUACAAAAGCCAAGUUUUUCCCUUGAGAUAUUCAAAAUUCAAUCACACCCCCCUCCAAUCCAAACAAGAUAAACUAAAGUUAUCAUGUUUUGUUUUUUCUUUGCUUUUAAAUACACAAAUUUCCUAAACCCUCUAGUCCCAUAAUUAGUGCAGAAGUGAUAGCCACUUCACCCCACUUUUUCAGGUUGUGUGAUGUCACUUUAGAGUCCUUAUUGAUCAUGUUUAUUAUAUUUAGCUCACUAAUUUCUUAUGUACAGUUGAAUUUUUAUGUUAUUACUAUUAAGUAAUUUACUGUGUAAGGAAAAAAUUGUAGAACUAAUGGUUAUUGCUGACUUGAUUAUGAUUUUAUAAAGUAAAUUUAACUUUUACUUAUGUAAGAAUGCAGUUUAGUAUUUAGAAUUUUUCAUCUUGCUUCUGUAAUGAUGAAUAUACUAGUAUUUUUUCCUCUUUUUAAUUUUUUCCGUUACUGUGUGUAAUAUCAGUCUCAAUAUCAAACUGCAGGGAUUAAAUUAAAAUUAACCCAAGAAUAAAAUGUUUUAUAAAACUGAGUCUUUUUGAAGUUACUUAGUGGGUUUCUCCUUAAUCAAGAGAUACAGUACUUACUGUUCAGCAGCUAAUGGGGGGGGGGGGGGGCUCUGUUGGAAAAUAACCACAUUUAUUUAACCACAGUUUUUUGUGGAAUUUGUUGCACUAAUGUUGUUAAAAUGUUUUCAAAGCCAAAUUAAACUACUUAUUUUUACUAUUUUAUCCUCCUAAAUUCUAUAAAUCUUUUAUUUAUAAAGCCAAUACAAGUAAAUCUAACACUAUUAAAUUAUGGGUGGGUUAACCAUUUAUUUAUUAAUUAAAUUAGUAUUCAUUUUUAAAUUUAAUUCUAAACACAUUGUUGCCUAAAAUUCAUACAAUUUUAAUAACAGCUCAACAUUUCUUUAGUAUGUCCAAGUAAAUUUGAUUUCACGGUAUUUUAUUAAAGGAAAUUAUUCCUUUUAUGUUUAUUUUAUGAUCAGUAUAAAUAUUUUUUGCUGUAUAUAGUAGAUUAUAAUUUUCCCAACUGUUAUCUGGACAUGUCUUAUAAUCACUUAGUGACCUGUUGUUUCUUGAGCAUAAUUAUUAAAACAAGCUGUUCUGUUGACUUAUUUCAGUAGAUAAGGGGUUAGAUACAAAUGUUAUGGAUUCUAUUUUCUUACAUUGUAAUUACUAUCUACAUUAUAUUUUUAUUAUUUAGAAUUUGUUAAUGAAAUAGUUAUGCAUCUGUAAUAUUUGACAUGUACUUGUUUUGUAUUUAUGGAAAAAGGUAAUGCAAAAUUGAUGUCAAAUUUAUAUAUUUUUUCUGUAAUUAUACAUAGUUUACAGCUAUGUUCAUGAUAAAAAAUCUUACUAUUAUGUGUGGCAUUAUGAGCUUUAGGAUUGUUUAAUUUUAUUUUUUAUGUAACAAAUAACAUGACCAGAAAUUUACAAGAAAAUAAUAGCUUAAUGCUGUGAUGAACUAAACUGAUAAAUUUACAGCAUUGAAAAAAUGUCCUAACUAUUUAAUACAAUUUUAGAUGCUCAUAUUACUGGUAAUAUCUAUCAGAACUACUAUCAUCACUCAUCCAAACAACUUGAGUUUUAAAUUAUAGGGAAGUGACUUUUUUGAAAUAUUUAACUGGAAAAAGGUGAUCAAUAAAUUUUUUUGUUACUUUGGUGGUUGCUUUGGUGGUUGCUAAGAACAUUAGUCAGCUACCUCUAUGCCACAAUAAUUUAGUUAUGUUGCUUACCUAAGCUUAGAAAGAACUGGAACUCCAACAUCAACAAAAGUUAUUAAUUUUGCACCAUAACCACAUAUUUUGACAUGUUUGUUAUGAACCUUCCAUCAGUUUCUCACAAAUUGACUUCAGAAAUGUUUAUGCAAUGUGAUUCACAAGGCCAUAUAAAUGUUACCACUACCUAAGUUUUUAAAGCUUUAAUUUUAGGGAUGUAUUUAAAUUAUGCAUUUAUUUAUUCACCUUUUCAAGUUACUUUAUAAAAUGUCUUUAGCCUAAUUACUACAUAGUGAUAUAUAAAUAUAGGUCUUACAAGAGACUGCUCAAGCAGUUUGUAACUGUCUAGUAAAGUUGAUUAUUAAAUUCUCAAUUAUUUUUUUUAUACUAUUUGCUUCUGUAAUGAACUUAUUUUUCUUCCUAAGCUUAACUCUGCUAGUUCUAUACUCAGCAUUGCUCACCCCUUACUUAUAAAUUGUGCAUUUAUUUUAUUUUCUUACCCUUUUCUAAAACACAAACUAUAGCUUGUAUUUAAACAAAUGACCAGUACUUGACAUAAUUACGGUAAUUACUUUAUAUGUAAAAAUCAUUAAAUAAAAAAUGUA